AUGCCAUAUCCCAAGACUGCCAUUGUUAUUGGUGGGUCGAUUGCUGGCCUUCUCCAAGGCCUCCAACUCAAGCGCAACGGGGUCAAUGUCACGAUUCUCGAGCAAGACCAUUCUGAAGAGCGCCAAAGUCAUGCAUCUGGCGUCCAGGUUGGGCCCAGACUGGCAGCCCUACUCGAGACGCUUGACGCAACCGGCCGGCCCUCUUCUAUCCCUGCUGACUUCCUCAGCGUCGCCUGGCGCAAACACCUCCGCAUCAUCGACCGCCCGGCUCCGCGCCACAUGAGCAACUGGGGUACCUUGUAUCUUAUUCUGCGAGCCAACUUUGAUGGCAAGGCGUCAGGAGUGGUGCCGGAUCCGCCCUCGCCGGGAGAAGGAGAGGGGGAAGUUGAGUACCGCGCCGGUAAGCGUGCUGUGGGGCUGACUUAUAGCCAAGACGAUGGCAUCAUCCACGUAGAGUUUGAAGACGUAAAUACCGGCGAGAAGGACAUUAUCGGCGCUGAGAUGGUCAUCGCCGCCGACGGUGUGCAUUCAACCGUGCGGAAGUUGUUAGAUAUCCCAUCGGAGAAAAAGUACUCCGGGUACAUUGGCUGGCGCGGCGUGGUGCCGGAACGCUUGCUGACACCCGAGACGGUCGAGUACUUCUCCAAUCGACUAAACUUCUCCCUUAUGAAGGGGGCAUAUUCCAUCAGCUACAUCAUCCCCACUGAGGCCGGCGAAGUUGCACCCGGGGAUCGGUUCGUCAACUGGGUAUGGUACUUUCGAGUGGCUGGUGACUCGCCCGAGAUGGCCAACAUUUUCACCGACAUCAACGGCAAGAUGCACCACAGUACCGUGCCGCAGGGGCUUGUCCAGCCAGAUCUCUGGGUCCGUCAAAAGGAGCAAUACCUCGAGCAGAUGACCCCGCCGCUUGCCGAGCUUAUCGACAGGACACCGCGGCCGUUCAUCUCCAAGGCCACCGACCUCGACGGCACAGACUACCCGGCAAGCUUCUUUGACAGUCGCCUGAUCCUCGUUGGGGACGCGUACACCGCGUUCCGGCCGCAUGUGGGAAUGGCGUCUGAACAGGCAGCCCACCACUGCUGGCAGAUGGAUCGGGUAUGGCGCGAGGAAAUUACCCAAGAGCAACGGGACCGGGAAGCGGCGUUGUUUGCUAAGCGGUUCCUUUUGUUGAAUCGGUUUGUCGGUUUGACGGGGAUGGAACUGUGGUUUCAAGUUCUGGGGACGGUGGCUAGCUACGCAUGGAUGGGUGUGAAGCAUCUUCUAGAAUUUGUGUGA